ACAUCAGUGCUCCUGUCCAUUCACUGCUAUGACGCAGAGAACCCGGAAGACGUGUGUUUGCUGUCAAUGCCAACGACAGAGAGGAGGCGCAGCUGAAACCCGCAUUUAAGACAAGAUGGCAGGACUGCCCCGUAGGAUCCUUAAGGAAACUCAACGUUUGAUUGCAGAGCCUGUCCCAGGCAUCGAGGCAGAGCCAGACGAAGGCAACGCCCGCUACUUUCAUGUGAUCAUUUGUGGACCUCAGGACUCACCUUUUGAGGGGGGCACGUUUAAACUCGAGCUCUUUUUACCAGAGGAAUAUCCCAUGGCUGCUCCGAAAGUGCGCUUCAUGACCAAAAUAUAUCAUCCCAAUGUAGACAAGUUGGGGAGAAUAUGUCUAGACAUUUUGAAAGAUAAAUGGUCACCAGCUCUGCAGAUUCGCACAGUGCUGCUGUCAAUCCAGGCGUUACUAAGUGCACCCAACCCUGAUGAUCCCCUUGCAAAUGAUGUUGCAGAGAAGUGGAAGUCCAAUGAAGUUGAAGCCAUAGAAACAGCCAGGUCAUGGACCAGGCUUUACGCUGGAAGCAGAAAUGAAGUGUGAAGCAGCUCAACAAGUGGAAAUCAAGUGCGAUUCCUUAUGCUCUGCCAAGACAUCUUCCUACUUCAUUUACAUUUAAAGGACACCGUCUUGAAUAUAUAUAUAUAUAUAUA